GCGAAUUUUAAAGGUUCCUCAAACCCACAACAUACCAACAUUCAACACACAACAAGUGUUUCGCUUAUACAGCCGCCUGCGAACCCCUCGCGUUCCAAACUAACGUGAUUUUUAUUCUCGUUUUUUUUUUUCGUCGUUUCGCGACUCGACUGGCUUUUUUUUGGGCCCUUAUUGCUCGGUUUUGGGGCUCGAUCGUUCGAUCUUCUUUGCGGUAUACGAGUAGUUCUCGCGUAUCAGUCGGUUUUUGUUCGUGUUGCAGUUGAUUUUUUUCCUUUUUCGCGUAUAAUUGUAUUUCGAGAAAAACUUGCCGAAUAUUGGAAACAUCAAACGGAGGAGAAGAAAAUUACCCUGCAACAGGCAGCACACAAAUGAUGAGGUUAUUAGUGAAAGUCUAUUGAAAGAAUUUUUCUCAAGGUGAAAGGUGGAUCUGCUGGCGUUGAAUUAUGUUAACCUCUCAAGUAGUGCUGUCGUUGGUGAUGUUAUCGUUGAUAUUGCUGUUACGAAAUGUACAAUCGUAUUAUAUAGAAAAUUCACUCGAUUCCGAUGUCAACGAAUUUGACGACGAUAUACCUAAUGAUGCAGUCAAUGGCGGCGUCAGCUGGAAAUCGAAUGACGAUUACACGUAUCCAGAAAAUCUCAAAGAUGUCGUACUGAUGAAGGAUAAUCCUCAAUUGUACUUCGUUACGUCUAUGGACAGAAAACGUGAUAAUAUGGCCAGACUGACAGCCAAUAAAAGAAUGAUGACAAUGAUGAACAACAGUGUCAAAGAUGCUACACAAGUACCUGGCAAGCCAUCUUUGUCCAUAAUCAGCCCGCUGGAGGCGUUACAAAGGAAAGUGGCGGUUGUUUAUAAUAACAGACAAAGAGAAAGAAAUAGAGGUUUUCUGAACGAUAUUGGUAAACGCUCCGCGUUGAUGGUCAAUACUUACGAGGGCCUUGAACCUGAACAGAAUGAUGCAGUAUUACAUAUCGAAAAAAUGGUUUGCGUAUCGAAAAUGCCAGUAGGGCAUUCGUUCCGAAAGCCGUCGUUGGACGUGCUACACGAGCCAGUCCGACCAUGGCCAAUUAUUCCACCGUGGCACCCAGAGUUGAGACGUUUACUCGCACCGAACGAUGACACCGUCGAGCGUCGUCAAAGGUUCCAGCCGAAUAUUCUCACUCGCCGGCCGCCAACUCCGGAAGUAACCGACAUUAUCACGGUAAUGCCAAGCGGCGAAGAGCGGCGAUAUUAUGAGAUCACCCGCAAUGCCAACGACGAGCCGCAACUUCAACCAAUCCAGGGACCGGCAAAUUCUACCGAUCAGCGACAAAUCACCUGGACUCAGGUUCAUCGGCGAUCAACGGUACGUCCCCUCAACCGCUAUGAUUCCAUCGUCGAUGAGAUACUCCAGUCGCGGUAUGAGCCCGAGCCGAACACGGAAUUCAAUCGUCUACCACUCAACGAAGCGCCGACGACACAUCCGUUCACGAUCCUGUUGGAACGAGUCACCGCGCCGCUUACUUACGUCGAUGACAUUCGAAUUGCACCGCAAUGACCAGUUUCUUCGAUACUACCAUUGUAAAUUUUUUCUUUGUAAAUAAUUUUUUUUUUGCUUUGUUUUUUGUAUUUUUGUAUUUUCUUUGUCAAACCUGCCUGCGUGCAGAUAUUUCAAAGUUUUUUCUUAUUAUUCUCAUCAUGGCUGUUAUGUAAAUAUCAUGUUAAAAUUACUUUUUCUUUUGUUUUCAAAUUACAUACCUACGUGUAUGAAUUUUCUGUUACUUGUAUUUUCGUUUGAACUAAUUUUUAGAAGACUUAAUUUUUUGUGAUUGAUGUAUCACGGUGAUGACGUUUUUGUUCCUUUGAUUAGUAUUAAUUCUCUUUUGUAACAUUUCGUAUUAUUUCUUGUUUGAAUUUUCACCCAGUGAUGUGUUUGUCACCUUAAUUUGUUAGUUGUUUUGUAUUUUUUACUUUUUUAUGUUCUAGUAUUAAUUUUCGUUAAUUUGUACAUAGUUCCUACAAGCCGUUACUACCUCGUCGAAGGUAGAAACGACUUUAUUAUUAGUAACAUCUUUGUUUGCAUUUUCGAAGAGUUUUUUGCUUUAUAUUUUCUCUCUUGUGUUUUGCAAACCCUUAAUGCGAUAUCGUCGUAUAUUGCAACUGGUUAAGCGUGAUGAAUACUCGGCGAAGUAAUCUCACGUGAACACCAAUCGUUGAAUUGGUAUUCCAUACCCCGUGCAAACUCGAGAAUUGAUUUGCCAGAAUCGAUUUUCACGCAGUCUGAAUAGAUAUUUUUUCCACCUCAGGACAAGAUGGCGCAUGAAUCGACAAACAGGUUGAUACUGUAAGCCGCAAAGUCUCUUCAAACAAUAUAAGCCACACAGUAGGUGUAGCUAGUUUGAAGAGCACUCUUUUUUGUCCUGGUUGACACAGGAUGUGUCAUCGAACGCAACCAUUUUAUUUAUUUAUUGGACCGCAGCCCUCAACAAGCAACGGGUCAGUUGAAUGCGCAUUAUCCGACAUUCAGGUUGGAAAUGUAAGUCGCUCGCUCUCACAAGAACAUUAAAAUAAGAGGUACUCUGCCAAGGCACGAAUCGGAUACGCGAUACCUAUCGAGCCUCUCUCUUUCUAGAGUCUUAGAUUGAGGCGAGCUCACGUUAUCCGAACGUGACCUAAAAUGAAGAAUUAUCACGCUUCCCGUCCAACCGAGACGGCGCGAGUUCCACUGGACAGAGUUCCGAUGGCUCCGUGAAUAAUUCCAAUUUCGUACGUAACGCAAGAACGUUACAAAUGUUCAGAGAGCUAAAUGAAUUACCGCGAUGGUAUUCGGGAUUACCGCGGUGUAGUCCCUUUAAAAGAUAAACUGACUUUCCUCUCAAAUAAAACGAUCAGUUGCAAAGCGCCUUCUCCGACAUUCAGGUUGGAAAUGUAAGCCGCAAGUCUCCUAGAAGAACAUUAAUUUAAUAGGUACUCUGCCCUGGUAUCGCAGGAUAUAAAGAAGCAACGGAUUCGCGUUGUUUUCCUCGUGUUUUGUUGAUACCUAAAACGACAACAGGUGCUCUGCCUGGGUAACACCGAAGUGGCUGUUAAAAUCCUGCACGAUUUUUUCGGAAACUUCGGGCCAUUACCAAAAAGACAACAGGUACUCUGCCUGGGUAAACACCCACUAUUUUUUCAACGCUGGGUGUUAUUACCAAAAAAUGACAGAUAGUAUCUCCACGAGGUGAUACAAUGUUCAGGGAGCACAAUUACCGCGAUGGUAAUUAGAACUACCGCGGUGUAGUUCUCACACGAUAAACUGAUCGAGUCUUUCGAGCCACAGGAAAACGAUCGUCGAAUCGUAUCUGAAAGCUCAUUUCGGCCUUGUCACAUUGCUUGUAAUGACAACCAGUUGAAGUAUGCGCUUUAAUCGACUAUCAGGUCAGAUUUUGUAAGCCGCUCGUAACACCUCCACUAGGAGCAUAUUAAUAAUUGGUACUCUGCCACGGUACGUCUACGCGCCAAGAUGUUGAGAACUUGGGACAAGUCACCAUCAAAUCGCGAGAUCUUGAGGAGACUUGUGCUCAAAGACUUCUUCACCUUUGGGCUGUGUAGAUGAUAUUACCGAAAAUAGAUGGUAACACAUUAGGUGUUAUAUUAGUAUGCUCGGAGAGUUUAUUUUUACCGUAUUGGUAUAUGCAACUACCGUCGAGUAGAUGCAAGGUAUUAUUCAAACUGGCUCACAAUUACAGCAAGUUUAAAAUUGGUAAAUUAGUGGUCAAGGUUUACGAACCCUUCACACCCUGAAAAAAGGACAUGCUAUUAAUUGGUACUCUGCCAUGGAGGCAUACCAUGCCGACAACCUUGCGCAAUGCAGCUUGUUCGAGAGCACGGUAUUGCCAUCUCCAUUGCCAAUGGAAAGAACCGCCUGCUAGGGCGAUUGUUACCUUGAUCAUUGGCGAUGUGAGCCAAAAAUGAACUGUAACACAUAAGGUGUUAUAUACGCAUGUUCAAAUCAGGAAGACCGCUGAUCAGCACUCUUGGUCGUCGAACCAAUUGAAACCCAUCCAAAGGACAUGCACUAUUUCGGUUCUCUGCCUCGGUGUUUCCCACCUUGAUCUGGAGUCGGUCAGGUUCCCGGCCAGACGACUCACAAGUGGUGAAAUCACCGAAAAAGAUGGUGCUCUGCCUCGGUACUCACCUACCUAGUCAGCAAGCGGAUACUUGUAACGUUACUCGAAGAAACAGACUCGGACAGUAACAGUUUACGGUUUCGCAGAAGACGAAGUAGUGAAGUUACCGAAAAUGACCACGCGCCCAUUCGCUGGAAAAUAAAUCGUUGUAUUUGUCCCAGCGACUUGGCGAUUGGAAUCGAAAAGUAACAUAGAAGAUGUUGCAAGUAUGUCCGAAUGGGAUGCUGACAACUAGGGAAUUGAGAGGAACUUGGUAGCAUGGUUUACGAACCAUUUUUUAGAGCCGCAUAAGAACAUAUUAAUAAUUGGUACUCUGCCACGGUACGCACCCCGUAUCUGGAAGAAAUCAGGCAUGGUCCUGGAGGAUUCCGCGGGUGAUGACGUUACCGAAAAGGACAGGUACGCUGCCUGAUAAUGCCAUGACUUGCACGGAACCGGUUACGGGUUCCAGCAUGAGAUGUAGCGAUGACUACCUUUCUGCAAGUCAUGACACACACGAAACCGAUGACACAGCUUCAAUUAAAGAAGCCAGUUUCUUUUCGUAGUUGGUGUUGUUCGAGCUUUCGUGUUAUCAAAAAUGCCAAUUUUAACACAAUUAAAGUGUUAUAAUAUGUUCAGACGGACAACGCUGCAAGAAGGAUAUACUAUAAUAACAGGUUUCCCAGCCUGCGAAUCCCCUGCGAGAAUUGCAGAAAUCGCUGUGUCAUUAUUUUGCAUAUCGAUAAUCGCGAUCCGGCAGGCACGUGCCAUUUUUCGCAUUAUCAACCUCAAAAAAUGACAGAUUUCUUGCAGACGUCGCAGCGAGCGAUUUCGAAAAAUGGACGUAACAUACAAGAUGUUACAUAUAUAUAUAUCCAAUGCAGCGAGGCUACCAAGCACAAAAUUUGAAAUUUGAAUACCAUUCUUUGAUUAUUACGCGGUACCACCUAUACAUGAACCUGUUGCUGGGCCUUGAUGGUCGAUUAAUUUA